CUUUGAAAGUUACAACGAAUCGAACGGUUGAUCGAGAAGCUUGAAUCAUGUCCGUGGAAGUAAAACAUCCGCUCGACUCGGCGAGCACAGAUCUGCUAGAAGUGAGUCGCCACAGGCUUGAACCACUCUCGACAAAGAUGGAGGAGCGCGACGCCGACGUUAUGAAGGUCAGUGGAAGGUGAUUUUUCAUAGGUCUUCCACACCCAUACAACAGCAUUCGCAACGUCAAACGCUCUUUAGAGUUUUGCUUUUGUUUCGGAUAGCUUCCAAUUCUUUCAUUCUCUCGAUCAGGGUUUGAUUUGGCUGUGUGUUUGAAAUGUCACUUGCUGGUGCGUGACGAGUGUGGAUUUUUCGAGACCGUCGAUCGAGACUUGAGUUCAAGACAUUGUGAAUUGAGAUGAUUUGUCGUUCAACCUCUGAACCUUUUAGUUAUUCCAACGAGAAACUGCAAAAGCUCUUCCGCAAACGUAAAUCAAAACUUUUUCUUUUCCGUUUUUCUCGUGUGGAGGUUUAAAAGGUAGUAUUCACUGGAUUUGUUUCCAAUCAAACCUUCCAUGCACGGCUAUAUCUGGGAAUAUGGACGACUGUUUUCGCAUGAGUAAUGUUUUAUGCUUUUAAAUCCACCCUUUGCAUAAUCUUUUGUGAACUGCUUUGUCUCUUCCAUGGUUUACAGUCUAGAUCCACGGGAAAUAAUCUUCUGAUGGACAGAAAUCAAAAGCUAUUUUCUGUUCCAGGCAGAAUAUAGCUCAAGGCUAGUCUUUCUUAACUUUUCCCUGUUCGCAUCGUGUUGGCAUCUGGAGAAUCUGAUUGUGUGAAACGAGACUUGAUGUUAUCAUAAACCUUUCAUUCGCUACAGUUUGCUGUAUUGUUGCAUCGCGCGAGUAAAUUUCCAAAACUACAUUCAUUUAGCUCGAGUGUGCUCUUCCUGAUCCAAGUCUCACUUGAAUUCUAAAAUUCACAGUUCAAAAGCUUAGUUCCUCUUCUUGGUCUACUUGUACGCUACCAAAAAACUGAAUUUAAAACGGGUAAUACAAAUUUAUUUCCACGGUUCAAACCCGCCCAUUCAUAGAAACACGCAGGUACUGCUAAUUUCUUUGUUACUGAUGAGUGAAAUUGACAACUCCACUACGUUCCAGUGCUCCGUUUACAAUCUAGCCAACUUCCCAUGCUAAAUAUUUCUUUAUACUUUGAUUUUACGCUUGUACAUCAGCAAGACCAAAUUUUCACAUCUUCCUAAUUUAUGAAAAGUAACUUGCAGAUAAACCAAUAUUUCUAUAAGUGUAUUUCUUCGUGUUGAAAUAUUUGAUGGUAUUUCCAACGCAUGAAAAAAUUCGAACAUUUGAUCAUAAGCGUUGCAUUGUACGCUUUCUCAUCGAAGUUUUUUCAACACGCACGUAAAUCACAAUUUGAAAACACUUCCAAUGGAUUACACGGCGGUCGUUUUACACAACACUCUUCUUUAUAAAGAACAAAAAGUCUGAAUGUCACAAAAUACUAACAAAACAAUCUUUGAUAUUGUGGUUCAUGUGCUGGGACACUUUUGAAUAGGUUUCUGGUUCUCCUAUUCCCAGAAAGUAAUUUCCAGGAUUUGUAAGAAUGAUGCUAACAUUAAAAGGUUCUGUGAGGAGAAAUAAGUUUGAUGUACACAUCAAUUAACUGAAAGAUGGUUGAUAAAAUGCAUUUAAAAUGAAAAUACAGAGCCACAAAGCCACAGACUACCAUUGUUGACUUGAUUUACUUGCUGCUGAAGUUUCGAAGCUCUGAAUUUAAAAUGUCAAUAGUUUAUCAGAUGAAACCCAAUUUUUGUGUCCUACACUAAUAUCAAACGUAAGCUUGCAUUUGAAAUCAUAAAUGCAGUCGCUAAAUAAUUAUACAAAUGUAGGUCCGGUUAAACUACAGAUGUAUGCAGUUAAUGGAACAGGUGUGAGAAUAUGUCAUACAGUAAUCUUCAGACAGCCUGGUUUGUAAGUGUCACAUUUUGACACAUAAAUGUGGGUUUCAUUUAAUAUAAUUAAGACUGAUUUACAUGGUGCAACUUUGUUGUACAUUGUAAGUAAUAUGCUUGCAAAUUAGCCUGUGAACAGGCCUUUGGUUGAGCAGGAACUUUCCCUUCCCUUUUCUUGCUAUUUUGUCCCCAAACAGAGAGCCUAUUCACAGGCUAUUACAAAUAAGAUUUCUCCACAGCUUUUGUCAUGUUCGUGAUAGCUUAACAACUGACCUACAACCGUAAUUGGCUUGAUUCAUAGAUUCAUUUCUUAAUAGUGUUGCAAGGGCAUUAGCUUGAUUUCCCCUGCCCUCACCGGUAUGAUUUUAUUCGUCCAAUCUUCGACUUAAAAGAUGGAAAAUAAGGAGUCCCUUCUCCUUCUCAAAAUUAAUGAUGCAUUUUGGUCUUUGUUUGUUUUGUGGAGAAGAAGAGGGGAGGUGUUUGAUAUCCAAUUUUUUGCUUUUCAAGAUCAUGGUUCCACAUGGACAAUAAAGGUAGCCAUGCUCUUCCCCUAAAGCAUCGACAAGCUUAAAGAGUUCCACGAUCAUAUCAAGAAUUUGAUGUAAAGACUUUCUCUAGUUUCAAAUAGUGCCCAUAUCCAGUGCGAAUAUUUUUGUAUUAUUUUUUCAACUUCAGCAGUGUCCAGGUCAAAUUUAUUCUUGAUUACUGGAAUAACAGUGAUGAUUUCUUGGAUAGCCUUUGAUUGUCUCUUUUGUCUUAGUCAUCUGAGAGCAUUUCCAUAUGUUCGCUUCAAAUUUUACACAAUUAUCCACAUAAAACUCAACUCUAUCCAAGCAAUCAAUGUCGUCUCAAACGUCCAGGUCAUUUUUGAUCUUGCUGGUUGCAUUUCCAUAUGAUCAUCCUGAUCAUCUGAACAUUAUUUGAGACAACUGGGACGAUCAGGAUAAUCCGGACGAUCAUAUGGAAACCAGGCUUAACUUGUGAUCAGGCCAAAUUUUAGCCUCUUUUACGAGGGUUGGACAUUGCAUUUUGCCUUGUCCAAUGGAGUUGUUUUUGCUCAGCAAAACAAGCAUAUAAACUGAUACUUUGAGGCCAAUGAAACAUAACUGCCUCAUCAUUAUCUUCAUUGUAAAUGCCACUUGCAGUGCUUCGUUGCCAUAGUUACAAUUCAUGACAUUAGAAUUUGGGUCAAUUGAAGGAAUAACGUUGACGUGCUGUGCUCGACAUCCUCUUCCCUCUCUCUUUCAAUAUUGGAUAAUUCCACCAAAAAACCAAUAGAAACCAACAUUAGGGCAGGUAUCAGAGUGGCGUUACCCAAGUUGAGUGUCCUUGAUUGUAGUUUCAAUGCUCUAAUGCACACCUUGUACUCUGACUUGAUUUGCUAACAAACAUCAUCUGAAUCUUGAUAACAUUUCAAGCUCUAUUUUCUUUCCCAAGGUCAAUUUGAAUAGUCAGAGUUUCCAAAAAUCAGCUCUAUCAUUGCCAGAGCAACUUUGUGAUGCAUGGGUAGAUUAAUUAUUUGGUUCUUUGUCAAGUAGAUAGCCUGAUAUUUCCAGACAUCGGGCUUUAUCGCUGGCAUCAUCUUUGAUGCAUAAGCAAAUUCUCUGAACUGUAGCCAAGAAAAUGAGAGCUGAGGAGAGAUGCUACUUUGAUCAAACUUAGCUUCAUUACUGCAUGUUUUGGUAAUUGGCGCUACAUGGUGUAGCAGCACAUUAUAGUAAAGCCACAAAAAGAUACACAGACUAAGUUAUCUUUAGCUCACUCAACCGAGAGAUUCCUAUUUUGGUCUUGGCCAGCUUAACUUCCAUCUCGUCUGAGUUAAUAGGUUAUUGUGUUGUGUUUUGAAAGCCUUUAGUGCGUGUAAACACCAUUUUAUUGACCAAUUGUUAGAUCAAAAUUAUACUUUAAGAGCUACUUAACUUACCUCAAACAGUGGAAUGAUUUAAAAUUGCUUUAAUUGGAAGGUAAAUUGCGUUUCCUUUCUCGCCUUCCAAAACACACCUUCCAUUUUCCCGGGAAUAAUUGUAUUCACUGAGAGGCCGUGACUUGUUCGUUAUAAAACGCGCAUCGAUUGGCUGUUCCUUUUAUUAGGCGCUUUCUGAUUGGACGGUGUGGUUUUCGUGCAGGGCGGGGAAGGCAAAAGGUGUCGCGUGGAUUGCGGCGUUGGAUAGUUCUCCCAGUUCACAGUUGUUUCGCUUUUUUAGGACGUUUGUUUUCCCCUGUAAUUUCUAUGCAGUGUGAAAGCGCUUUUCUAGAUCAAGGAUUUGAAAGCUCACUGACGUUAAUUGACCCCGAGUAGCUCGAAUUGUCGGAGGGUAUGGCCUUGAAACGCGAUAAUUUUGUGGCUCAUCAGUUUAUCCAGGAUUUGCUGUAUUGAAAACAAGUCAUAAAUCGUCUUUACAUAGAGUUAAAGCUGGAUAACAUCGUAAAUCUUUAUUGAAUGUUAAUGCUAAGUAACUGCUAUGUCACCAGACUUGUGUGUUCCUUUAUCGAAGUAUUUAUAGAUGUUAUGUAGGGUGUUGUAUUGCGUCUAUCUGCAUACCUUCAUCAAGAUGAAAUAUCGAACUCGAUUUCAUUUCGAACUUAUUGUAGUUAAUCGAAAGUCCGUCCUGACUUUUCACUUUUUUACCUUCUAGGCUUUCAUCCAGUCUAUGGGAACAAUGGGUGAAGUAUCGACAGAUUAUCGCGACGCCGAGGAAGAUCAGUGGAUGGAGCAGCAGAGUUCAGCGAGGCUGUUUGAACGAUCUCGAAUCAAAGUACUUGCUGGUUAGUAAAUAAGCAUUCUUUAGCCGUUAUAUGACUUAGAAAAAUCGGCUUCAACUUCUAAAAUCGCCUCGUGGUUUUUAUUGCUCAUAGUAAGCAUGUCUGUCUACAGGAGGGCUCUUUUAUUAUUCAAGAAUUUGAUGCUAGGGGUAAAUUAUUUAUUACCAAACAUUGAAUUUCGUGAUCGCAAAGUAAUAUUUUUAAUACUUAGCUCAUACUUCUUUGUAUAACCAGUUGUCUUCUUCUUAAGCUCUCUAUUUAAAGUUUGAUACAUGGCCUAAAUCAGCAAGAAAUAUUCACAAUGCUUACUGCAUGUACGUAAAAAUAAACACAAAGCGAGGAGAAUUGAUUACAAUGAGCCGAAAAGAAUGGAAAUAGAAUAUUACAUCUGCGAUCAUCUGAUUUCAUCAAAUAUAAGCAUAAUGCUUCAGGCUUCCUGAUUAGUUUAAACGUUAAUUUAGUGUAGAUUGUCAUUAGACCAGACAGGAGAGAAAAGCGAAUUAUAUAGAUAUGUGUAUGCUCAAAGAGUCGAAAUGUUCUCGAAUAUUUUUGUUUUUAUCAUUGCGGAGGUGUAGUCCCAAGGAUUGCGUGAUUCUUUUUGUUUUGACUGGAGAAUGUUUUGUAUGCGAACGAAAACAAAACUUCGCUUUCUGCAAAAACUCUUAUCGUUUAUUUGCCUGUUUGUUUUCUCUCUCAAUAAAGAUAUUUUUUUUCGUAGCAGGUUUGAGUAAAGCAAAAAUGUCUUGAAUACUAAUUUUAACAUUUGGUCACGGGAAAUUCAUGGGAACUUCGCAUGAUCGACUUUUCAUCACAACUCAGGUCUUUUUUUGCUCCAUCUGAAUUUUUUUCCGUGUGAAAAUAGGUUUUUUCGAGAAUAGGUAAUCAGAUUUUGAUCGAUAAAUAUUUUCCCUGGUGCUUAAACGUUUGUUUUCUUAAUUUAUCUAGCAUGACGGUCAAGUUUAUUUAUACCAGUCCCAUUACGCAGUGUUGACCAUAUUUACACUUAAUACGUUGAUUUUAAUAAUUUUUGUAUAUUUAUGAGCAAACAUAUUAAUAAUGAAUUCUUGAAGUUGUAUUACAUUGUUUGGUUAAGACUGAGUUUAUUGUUAAAUAAACAUUUCCAAAUAUUUAAAUUGUUCAUUGUCACACAACAUUUCUGAGUGCUGUCCACCAGAUAAAUCACUAUCCAGGGAUAAGUUUGAGUGAAACCAAUUGCAUUAUCCACCGGAUAGAGAUUUAUUUGUCGGAUGACAUUAUCUGCCUUUUAAACAAAUAGACCCUAUAACUAAGUUAUUGAAGUUGAUGCCUUAGGAGGUUUGCCCAAAGAUUAUUAUUUUGAUCUGUUUUUUUCAGUGUUCCUAAAUGAGGGUUAUCGGUUUAGAUUUUUAGAAGGAUAUACCUCAGGGUUCUCAUUAAGUUUUAAAGUAGACAGCCAGGAUGUAAAAGUAGGCGGCUUGGCAAUCAAGUGUUGUAGGCAAUUUAAGGAUUUCACUCCCUCACUUUAUCCAUUUACCCCAAGAAAUAGAUGGCUCAGACCUCAAAUUGCCCAGUUUUUUAGCCGGUUGAUGGCACUUAAUGAGAACCCUGAUAUAUUUUGAUUUCUAUCUGUAUAAAUGCAAACCAUAUGGCGAUAUCUUCAUUUGCAGAUGAAAGAGAAAAAGUACAAAAGAAAACAUUCACAAAGUGGGUCAACUCACAUCUUCAGCGUGUUAACGCAAGGGUUAAUGACCUCUAUCAUGAUCUUAAGGAUGGCAAAAAACUCAUUCUUCUUCUCGAGAUCCUGUCUGGUGAAAAACUGGUAAGAAUAAGUAUGCAAAUUACUGCUGUUCAAACCUGCUUGUAUUUUUAUAUGAUCUAGUAAAGAUUUCUGGGCUGGAGCUAUUAGAAACCCACCUUAAUUGAUACAUCAGAUUCCCCUAUGGCACCAGGUGCAAAACAAUUGGAAAACCACAAUAAAUAUGAUUAAAAUUCUCAAUAUAGUUCUUGCAAAAUCUAUCCAUGAGAAGCAAAUAAUGGGAGAGAUUCAAGGUUUGAUGGACCCAAGAUACAAAGAUAAUGAUAUUGUAGCUGUCAUGUUGUAUUAUAUGUAUGUUAUUUAGCCGUCUUAGCCCAUUGACACAUGUAAAGUUCAAAAGGUGUUAAGCUGUAAAAUAAUGAAGAGAGGGAUUGGUAACAUGUAUUUGGAAGACAAGAAUGCCUGCUGUUUUCUUUGACAGCUGUUAGAUGUUACUAUAGACGUGUAUGGUUUGGACAUGAAAAAUAUUUCUUUGAAAUAUUUUCUCUUAUCUUCAAGUUUGUUUAAUGGUGUUGGUUGCAAUGUUAAUUUCUAGAGAAGGGUUUGGCUUCGUGUAAAAAAUUGAAAUACCCUAAUUUUAUGUUGCAUUAUUUUUUAUGCCAUUCCUAAGCAAAGUAAUGUACUUUUCUUGGCGAGUCUGAUAAUUAACUGAAUUUUUCUACUCAUCUUCUUGAUUUACAGCCCAAGCCAUCUAAAGGACGAAUGAGAAUUCACAUGCUUGAAAAUGUUGACAAAGCCCUGACCUUCUUAAAAAAGCAAAAGGUACCGUUUAAUGUAAUCCUUCCUAUAGUAAUAAUAAUAAUAAUAUUCACAAGCCCUGUUAACUUGAACUAGAAGAUGUCACGUCUUUUUACUCAUUCAACAAACUAAAAAUCUAGAAAAUGUAAAAACUGUAAAAAUAAGAACUAAACGUUUUGAGAUAUAUUUCGCUCUUCAAGCCUCUUCAGUCAAUAAGCCCUGUUUACAACAGCAGAAUUCUUUAAAGUUUGCAAAGGUUUCAAGCCAAAAAAUGGAAUACAUGGCUUGAUAAACCAAAGUAUGGAUUUAUCAUAGAUUGGGGGGGGGGUACCUCCCACUUUCACAGUCUCUUCUCCUGCCCCUUUUUUCUUUGCUUCCCUCUUUAAGCCCUCUCUUGAUUUCUCAGAAUCUAAAGGUCUCUAAUGAUAUUUGUUUCAUUAGGUCCAUCUGGAGAACAUUGGCGCCCAUGAUAUUGUCGAUGGAAAUAACAAGAUCACACUAGGUCUGAUAUGGACGAUCAUCCUUCGAUUCCAGGUACUAAAUGUAAUGAUCCUAAACCAAAGAAAUAUUUUGGCCAGUGUAAUGUGAUUAAAUGGGAGAUUAAAAUAGGUGGAUAGUAACACACAUAUGUUUUGUUAGAUUUCAGAUAUCACCAUAGAAGGAGAAACAAAGGAGAAGAGAUCUGCUAAAGACGCUCUGUUGCUGUGGUGUCAAUCCAAGACAGUUGGGUAUGUUUAAAAAUAACAAAACGAUCCAGUUUUAACCCUUUAUGUCCCAAUAGUGACCAACAGCAAUUUUCUCCUAACGAUAUCCAGACAUUAUCAUGAGAUGAGGUUAUGUGAAUUAAUAAAAUGAUCACUUAAGAGAAAAUACUUUGAUCUUUUAUCAAAUUCUCUUAACUAACUCUUAAAGGAAAUGUAUAGAGAUCAGUUUGGAGAAUUUGUAUGUGGAUAUUGGGGCUUAAAGGGUUAAGGGUAGUUAGAAGGAGAAGGUUGUGCUGUCAGUACCUGAAAAAGUUUCUGCAAGUCCAUAAUAGUUUGAGCUGAUGAUAACACUCAGGAGUCUUUUUUUGCAAUCAAUUAUUUGUAAGUUUUGCCAGGAUUGAGCUGUAGUCCAUAUUGUUCAGGUUUCCUUACUAGCAAGGUAUUCUUACGGAGGGAGUUACUGGUGCAACUGGUCACUUGCUAUAUUUUCUUCUCGAAAUAAACACUGUUUUGGGGCAAGUGAAAUGUAAUGCCUUGGUGGUUUUUUAAUAUGAACCAAACUUUUUCAAGGUCCCACUUUGUGGAUUUUGUCAUAGGUUGUACUUUAAUGACAAAGAUUUUUGUGAUUUUCUGUACUAAUGUGCAUAAUCCUCUUGGAUACAAAAUAUAGGUAUCGCAAUGUGACAAUAUCAAACUUCACCACAAGCUGGCGUGAUGGACUGGCAUUCAAUGCAGUCAUUCACAGACACAGGUACAUGUACUUUCGAAAACUAAUGUGAUCAUACGGUCUUGUAAUGUUAUUGUCAGCAAUUUUAGGGCACAGUCAAAGCCUCAAUUCAUCAAUUUGCUCAGUGCAUUGUUGUUAUUGUUUUAGACCUGACCUGAUUGAGUAUGACAAACUCACCAAGAGUGAACCUGAGAAGAACUUAAAUCUUGCAUUUGAAGUCGCAGAAACUCAGCUUGAGAUCCCACAACUGCUGGAAGCAGAAGGUAAUGUAGAAGCUUGUUCCAGGCUCCAGGGUAGUUGUUAUAGCAGACUGUAAAAAGUUGCGCAAAACCGCAUGGGGGCUGGAGACAGAUGGGAAAGCAGGCCCUGUAAGCAUUGUUUUUAAUACCUUAUUCUGGUAUACCAGUUCCUGGUAUACCCUACCAUUGGUCAGUUUUGAAAGUUUAUAUCUACACUAUUGUCAAUCACUUGGCUUUGCAUGGUGCAUGUGCAGAGUCAGACAAACAUGGCAAGUGUGUGCAACCCUCCUACAUCGCACAUUUUGAUGCAAGAAAUGUUUUUUUGGGGAGUGGAUGGGACUUAGUGGGUAGACUGAAGUAUUUAAAAAGCUGCUUAAGGCUCUCCCCUUCUCUGUUUUUGCUUGUCUACAUUGACUAAGAGCCUGUUACAGGCUAGUGUUGUAGAAAAAAAAUAUAUUUUGAUUUAAUGCUUGGAAUGGUGCUUACAAAUCUUGUGCUCUUUGUAUUCUUUAGAUGUUAACGUUGACUUUCCUGAUGAGAAGUCGGUCAUGACAUAUGUGGCUGCUUAUUAUCAUUACUUUGCCAAAAUGAAAACUGUCGAAGUCAGUGGCAGCAGAAUUGGCAAGGUAAGUCAGUUUGUGUCUUAUAUCAUUUCUUGAACUCAUGAUUUAUUAGAAAAGGACUGCAAGAUCAUCUGAACUGUAAAAGGACUGUUAUAUAAGUAGUAUAUCAACUUAAAUCACAGCUUUUUCAUUAUGCUUCUACCCUGAUCCUGGCUUGUGGUCCCCCUAAGUUUUAUCUGAUGACCCUUGAUUCACCAGCUGGUCUCUCUGUAAAUGAAGCUUACUGUGUGUUGGAUGAAAGUAUUAUCUGGAUAAUGGACUAAAACUAACAUCAGAGCUGUCAAUGAGGACUGAGGGCCAGGGGUUUCCCCUGGCUGCCAUGGGCGUGACCCCCAACUAGAGAGAGAAAGAUGUGACAGGUUUCAUAACCAUUCCACUUCAGUAACUUUGGUAUCAUUUGAAUAGCCCCACCCCAGAAUUUUGUGCACAUAUGGAAAAAUUAAACUUGUACAUUACUUGUGUCCAGAAUUGACUCUGAUAAUGGCUUAAAUGCUUGUCAUACAAUGCCUUCCUUUUUCAUGUUCCUCAGUAAAGGUUUUUACAACUUCCUUUAAAAUUCUAUUUUUCAGGUAAUUGAACGCAUCAAAGAAAACUCAGAGUUGAUUGAAGAAUAUGAGAAACAAGCCACAGAUCUCCUGGAAUGGAUACAGAUCACCAUCGUAAAGCUGUCAGACAGAAAUUUUGCCAACACACUUGUUGGUGUUCAGCAACAGAUGCUGGAGUUCAAUCAGUACAGGACACAAGAGAAGCCUCCAAGGUGAGGACAUUAACAUUUGACCCUUUAACUCCCAAUAGCUGCUAAAGUAAAAGAUUCACAAAAAAUUUAAUUUAUUUUUUUGUAAAUUCCUAAGAUUUAAAUAGUACUAUUCAAAAGUUCUGCAAAAGAGCUUGCAUUUGAAUAGUAAUACCAUAGGAUUUCUUCAACAGACUUAUAAGUUAGAGUGACAAUUAAUUUUGCCAUAACUUUGUCAAGAUGUCGAAAGGUUAAUCACACCUUUGACGUCACUCUCUAUCAGUGUCUUCUAUAUCCAAUCAAUUUUAUUCUUGUUGUCAUCAUUGUCAUUAUAGUUUGCACCACCACAGAAAAUCAUGUAAAAGUCAUGGUUUGAAACAAUUUUUUCUUCUAUUGCUUUGAUCUCAGAUUUGUUGAAAAAGGCAACCUUGAGGUUCAGCUGUUUAUCCUUACAAGCAAGCUUCGUGCAAACCAUCAGAAGAUGUACACACCUCCGGAGAACAAGGCAUUGAGUGACAUCAAUAAGGUAUGCUAUUUCAUUUUGUUGUUGAGUUUAAACACAGUCACAGGGUUGUCAGAGGUAGCUGACUGCUGGCAAAAAUCACUGCCUACUUGGUUAGUAUCGGCCGACUACUCUGUUUGGCAAUUCUUUACCGAUGGCGUUUUUAAUAUAGAAUAUCCCUGGACUGGCUGCUUACUUUAACAACUCAGCCGUCUACUUCAAAACUUUCUGACAACCCUUAGUGACUAGGCACGUUGAAUGCAAUGUGAGAGCAUUACAUUGUGUUGAAUUGUUCAAGGCAAGUUUGAUUAAAUAUUAUUUUAGCUGUUAUGUUAAAAACAUGGUUAGCGAUGUACAAUGGACAGUGUGACAAUAGUACAUUAGUGAAACAAGCAGCUCUUACACCACUUGCAAACUGUCAAGUCUGUAGAUCAGAAAAAAAAACAAAACAAAAAACAAGGAAAAACAGUUACUUAGAUACUCGUAUUGUGUAAAUGACGAUGCCAAAUUCUUUUAAUUAAAAAAGUUAGAAUUUGUUAUUAUAUUUAUAUUUUCCUUUGUAACCUUUCACAUUAUUUUUACAUUUUUGAAAUUUUAUCGCAUUUUCAUUAUAGUACUUACAGAUGUCAAAAUGUGGUACUGUAGAUCAGACAAUUAUAAACUCUUGAUAUUAAUCAAUAUUAUUUUAGCUAGAGCUAAGGUUCUUUUUAUUAUGAUAUUUCUAGCUUUACUCACUAUAUAUCUUGUUAAUGCUUCUUUAACCCUUUAAGUCCCAAUAGUGGCCAACAUCAAUUUUCUCCUAACAAUAUCCAUACAUUAUUAUGAGAUGAGGUUAUGAGAAUUAAUAAAAUGAUCACAAAGAGAAAAAUCUCUGAUCUGUUAUCAGUUUCUCCCAACUAAUUCUGUAAGGAAAUGUACAGAGAUCAGUUGGGAGAAUUUGUUUAUGGAUAUCGGGACUUAAAGGGUUAAUUUGGUUCUUAACAUUAUUUUUCCAUCACAUGUAGGCGUGGGAAUCGUUGGAACGAGCUGAACAUGAAAGGGAGCUUGCUUUGAGAGAAGAACUCAUGAGGUAGAACACUGAUCAGUUACUUGCAUCAUUUCCUUCAAUGAAUAUUCUCUCGCAAACAGUGAUUUUUUUUAUACUUACUGUUUUUCCCUUUCACAGACAAGAGAGGCUUGAAAUGCUGGCUGCAAAGUUUGACAGAAAGGUAGAUAUUGUUGUUGAACUCACUAUUAUUUUAGAUCAGGGAAUGGGUUUUGUAAGAAAUCCACUUUGAUUAGAUUAGCAGUUCUUAAUCUUUAGAAGAGCACCAAUUUUGGGGUUAAUUUGUAUUGAACUCAACAACUGAAUGGUCAUUGUUGUUCAACUUUUAGGCUGCUAUGCGAGAAACUUGGCUGAAUGAAAACCAGCGCUUGGUAUCACAAGACAACUUUGGAAAUGACAUAGCAGCAGUUGAGGCAGCAACCAAGAAACACGAGGCCAUUGAAACUGAUAUCAUGGUAUGAUUAACUUAAUUUCUCCAUAAUUUUCAUUUACUCUUGAUGGGCGAAUAAUGGUCUCUCAAGUUUAUAAGAACUGGCAAUUCAGUAACAAGUGAUGGUAUGCUACUUUUCAUAGGCAUAUGAAGAACGUAUCAACGCCAUUGUUCAAGUUGCUGAUGAACUACACAAAGAAAACUAUCAUGAAUCUGACAGAGUUCAGUCCAGGUUUGGCUUUAUUUUUUUUUACAUUUAGUAUGUUACUUUCACAUUCUUCUUUUUAAAAGGCAAUUUACUCUAAAAAAAUAAUGGAGCUCACUUUCUCUAUAACAUUUCAUGAAAUGUCUCCAAAAUGAUGUUUUGUGUUAUUUAUUUUGCAGGAAAGACUUGAUCUUGCAGCUAUGGGAACAACUUCUUGAGUUGCUGAAGCGCCGUCGUUCUCGACUUGAGAAAAGCAUGAAGUUGCAGAGAAUAUUCCAGGAGAUGAUCAAUGCCAUCGAUUGGAUGGAUGAAAUUAAGGUAGUGAUACAGAUAAUGUAUUCUCAAAAAACAGGCUGAUUCUAUUAACAUGUACAAGUUUUUUAAGCUCCUUUCUCGGCAAGUCAAGUUUUAGUGCUGGUAUAUAUGGGUUUUUGCACAAAAUUUGUUUCAUUGUUCUAAGGGUAAUUUUUGCAGUAGUGGAGUGGAAGAUAAUACAUGUAACUGGAAAAUUUUUUUGGGGUUGUUUUAAGUGUCAGCAUCGACCAUUACUUAACUUUCCAAGAACAUCUUUGGUUUAAUCUUUGUUUUGUUAGUACAUGUUGUAAAUAUUCAAAUAAAAUUUUGGUCAUGUACUCUUUGAACUCUUCUGUAGUUUUUAGUUUGACAGAAUUAAAGAGUAAUGACAUCUUAUCAGAGUAAUGGCAGUAAGCUUGAUUUGGCUACCAGUAGCAUACAAGAUUGUGGGCCAGUAGAGUACCUGGAUGAAGAUAAACAUAAACUUACAUUGAUUUAUACUUUAUGAUUUUGUUUUUAUUUUAGAUGGGACUUCUGUCAGAAGAUUAUGGCAAACACUUGCUUGGUGUUGAGGACUUGCUGCAGAAACACAGUCUUGUGGAAGGAGACAUAGCAGCACAAGCUGACAGAGUAAAGAAUGUCAAUGAACAGGCCGAGUUGUUUUUACAGCUGGACAAUGAGGAAGAUGGUAAGAAUUGUUUGUGUUAAGUUCUUUCCAAAGUUUAACCCUUUCAUUUCAAUAGAGACAGUAAGUAGACAGAUCUAACGUUCAAGUUUGUGGAUAAAAUUUAAAGUGCGAUCAUUUGAUAAUUCAUUGAAAGCUACUGAAUGUACUCUCCUGUAUUACUGUUUGUUAUACUUUUAGUCUUGAAGGAAAUCUUAUGGUAUGAGUUUUAAAUGACACCUCUUUAGCUACAUAUUUACUGGUACUAUUUGCAUUCUGGUAUUUUAUCACAUACAGUUUGGAAGUUUUCUCAAGUGUUCAAGUUUAAUCAAAUUCUUGGCUAUUAUAUAAAAUGGUCCAUUCACUGGACAAGGAUAUUAAGUUGAUAUUGAGGCUUGAUAGGUUAAAACACUUACAAACUCUUUAUUCAUUUUUUGGACAGUAUAUGAACAAGAUUUAUGUAAACAUCCAUGAUUACCAACUUAAACCUUUCAUUUUCUCAUUGCAGGUUACCAACCUGAUGAAAACCAGAUCAGAGACCACCAGGCUGAGUUAGAAGGAGCUUAUAACGAACUUUUGCAGCUGGCUGCAGCUAGGCGUGCAAGGCUGGAUGAGUCCCAUAAGUUACAGACCUUCUACCGCGAUGCAGAGGAGGAGGAGAUGUGGGUUUCUGAAAAGACUCAAUCGUUGCAGUCUACUGAUUAUGGACAUGAUCUUAAUAGUGCCAUGCUGCUGUUGACCAAGCAUGAGGUUAGUGCAUUAUAUAAUGAAGUUAAAUUGAUUUAACACAGUUAACAACGAGGGGCGAGGGCGUGGCCAGCAGUCAGUCGUUGGGCUCAAGCGCAGUCAGUCUUGCUUGCAUCACCUCCAUGUGCUCAGUACAAUGUUUUCCUGGUGGCCACUCUCUUCGUUCAGCCUUUAGAUCAUUCUUUUACCCCCAUUCCUGCCCCCUUUCAGUUUUCCAUUAAUAAAUCUGCGAGACAGGUGCAUGGUUCCAUUGGUGUGGGGGCUCAUGGCUGGAGGGCGAGGGUUUGCCAGCUAUGGGGGCAUAACUCUGUCUAGGGGCUGGCUGUGGCAAAAGUCCCUGGACAUCCGGGGCACCCACCUCCACUAAGCCACACAGUUGUGCUCUUCUUUCAAAGUCAUGCAAAAUUUAGCCAUAUGAAUAUGCAUUUUGGUCUGUAAUACCCCAAGAUUGAAAAGGGAGGUGGAAAAUACAGAAGAUAAAAAUAUAUUAUUUUCUGUGUAAUGUUAAGAGAACAACUGGUAUGUAAGGCAUAAUAAACAGCACCUCAGGAACAUAAUAGAGUCCUCCAUAGCUUUCCCUUUUUACCAACAAGUAAUGUUGACAUUGGUGAUUUUCUUUCUUAGGCUGUGGAACGAGACAUGGCCAAACGCGACACUCACACAAAGGCAGUACUGAAAAGUGGCCAAGACCUUGUGGACUCUGGACAUUACUCAUCUGACACUAUCCAGUCUCGAAUGAUCAGUAUACAGAACAAGUGGAUAAACUUAAAUGAUGUGGCUGCUUAUCGCAAGAAGAAGAUCCAGGAAAAUCACCAACUGCAGCAGUUUAUUGCUGACUACAAUGACAUCAUGUCGUGGCUGGACAUGAUGGAGAGGAUUGUUGCCAAUGAUGAUCUUGGUUAUGAUGAGGCUAGCGCUGAGACCCUGUUGAAGAAGCAUAAGGUACAGUAUUGCUUGACUUUUCACUCUUAAACGUGGCCAAAGUCAAUAUUAAUCAAAAAUUUAAAAUUUCACUUUGUAAAUUGCUGCUUAGUAAACAAAUUCUCCUCUACAGUAUUAUAGACCGUGUGAGGAGAGCAGUGUGGAGGUUAUGCCCUCUGAUAUUAAUGUGGGUUAAACAACCACAUCUUCAGUGUUGAGUCUCCACACAAACCACUUGCCAAAAAGAUAUGUUGAUCUUAUGCCCUAAUAAUCUGUAAAUGAUUUUAUCUUUAACAGAUCAUUGAAGAAGACAUUGAAAACUAUGCAUCAGUGAUCAAAGGCCUUCAUGACCAAGUGGAUGAGCUUGGUGAUGAGGACAAGACAUCGCCUGAGGUGGUCGAUAGAUGCCGAAAGUAAGUUAUAAACUAAUUACAUUAUUUUUAGACAGUGGAAGGUUUGUACCCCGGAGUUAUUUCAUAAGUGGGUGGAAUAUGAUCAUCUGGCCGAGUAAAUCCUGAAUAGGACUGUUGUUGAGAGUGACGGACAUUUUGACAGUCUUUGCGGCAACAUCUUCAGAGUCAAAGUGUGUUGUAUCAUGCAAUACCAUCAACUGAUGAAGGUGUCACAACUCACUUUGGCUCCGAAGAUGACUACCGCACGAGUUGUCAAAACGUCAGUCACUGUGGACAACAGUCCUAUUCAGGGCUUCACUCACCUGGAAGGUCAUGAUUAUUCCACCCACUUAAGAAAGAACAUAAUUUUACUGGAUAUGGUAGCUUAGAUGUUAUGAAUGGUUGCUGUUAUGAAUAGUGAAGGAAUGAAGGGCCCUUGCAAGUUUUAAGGACCCUAAUAUUUCGUACUGCUUUCAGUCCGGUUGGUCUCCAGUGGGUGACCUCCCCAUUGAUGCAAUCCUUGUCUUCUUUUGCAGUGUUGACACUCGCUAUGAGAACUUGCGCUUACAAGGAGCAGACCGCCGACACAAACUGCUGGAUGCUCUCUCACUUCAUCGGCUCAACCGGGAUGCUUACAUUGUGGACAGCUGGAUUAAUGAAAAGGUUGGUGGUACUGAAUGUGAUUGGGGUGAUUAAUUGGGUACCUUGUGCAGUGCUUUGAUGCAUGAUUGUGUAUCAUGUGGACAGUUUUGUUGGGCAGAGUGUGGACUGCUCCUUGUGGAAAGGACAUAUAUCUAGAUUGCUGCUAGGAUUACAGUCAACUCUCAUUAUAGUGGACACAAUAGGGACUUCGACUUAUAGUGUCCUCAUUAGCGAGAGUCGUUAAUAGUGGGAGUUUAUUUCGCUGGAACGUCUUUAAUUUAUUUUUGCCUGGGAUUUAGCUGCUGUCCAUAUUACUGGAGUGUCCAUUAUAGCUGGGUGUCCGCAAGGCGAGAGUUGACUGUAUUUUUAACUCAGUUUAUGCUUGUUAAUGUAAUUUCUUAUCCUGCACCUGCCACUGUACUAGUGCCUCUACUACCACCAGGUCACACUGUCGCAUUCAUCAGAACGCAUCCCAAUCUGGUGUUCCUGUGGCACCAAGGCAGAAAUUUUUAAGCUCUCACGGGCAAAUUCAAAUUAGCCACCCCUAUUAAUCUUAUCAGGGGCACCUCGGCUGGGAAACUGGAGUCCUUGUGACUUGAUUUUGUUUCCGUAAUUUUUCCAUAAGUGACGAAGCUGGAUCCGUAAUCAAUGAUUACUUCUUGUAAUGAAAUUGAUAUUGAAAAGCUUGGUGUAAAGUUAUGUUUGUUAUUGAACUGUUGUCAUCCAAGCUUGACUUACAUCAAUUUUCUUAUCUUUUGUAUCUUAUAGGAGGACAGACUUGAAGCAGCUCUCACUGUUGAAAAGAGCAUGGAUUUGGAAGAAUGCCAGAUCAUUGAGCAAAGAUUCGAGGGAUUCCAACAGGUUUGUAGAAUGACAUCUGAUUUAUAAACAUGUAAAAACUAACCAGUUAACUAGCCAUUCUGACGUUUCGGCAACCUCAUGAAGCCAUCGUCAAGGAAUUGGGAAUAAAUAAAUGUGAGUUUGAAAAAAGAUGCGUCUAGCCCUUCUUCAUUUUUGUAACUCAUAAUCUCUUUCAAACUCGCAUUUAUUUAAUUCCCAAUUCCUUGAUAAUGGCAUCAUGUGGUCACAGAAACAUCAGAACUCUAUCUUAUUAGUUUUUACAUGUUGUACCCCAUAUUUUCAGGAAGCCUAUAGUUCAUAAGCCCCCGGCUUCUUGUAUAGGCUUCCUUGCCAUCACCAUUUUAUUGUCUCAGAUAUUUUUUUAAAUUUAUUGUGUUUUAAUAAAUUAUGAAAUGAAUGAAUGUUAAUGUUUCUCUAAAUUAUUAAGACAUCUGGUUUAUUUUUCAUGUCAGCCAGGUUUUUUUUAUGUUAGAACUUUUGUGAAUGUUUAUCAUUUUAAUUAUGACUCGAUUAUUGAUCACAGGAGUUGAAUGCCAAUGAAAAGCGUGUUGGUGUUGUUAAUGAUCUUGGUGGACAGCUCGUCGACAAGGGUCACAUCAACUCUGAUGAAAUCAAAGACACAAUUGAUGGUCUCAACACAAAGUGAGUAGUGUAUUUUUUUCUUGUGUAUGUUACAAAAAUCCCAGACAAUCAGGGAGUUUUAACCAUCCCAAGUUUUGUCAAUAUGUUGUUAAACUCCAGAGUCUGUCCCAGAUGUCAUUUUUGUUUGUUGAGGGUCUAGACUGGAGCCAAAACAUGAAGAAAUUGGUACUAAGCUAAAAAUAUCUCUGACAUGUUGAAAUGAAAUAGAGUGAUUUGUGUCCUUUCCAGAAAUUUAAGACACUUAGAGAAAUGCUUCUGAUUUCCUUGAUUUUGUUCCUGACCUUUCCUGGAUUUCUUGUUCUCGUUAGUCAGCAAAACCUGGAGAAACAAAUUUCCAGUUAUCGGGGAUUUUCUGGUCUUAUGAAAACCAGACUUAAGACUCUGAAGUAUUUUCAAACCUCUCUCCACCCUGUUUUUUUUUUUCUUUUGAAAUUGAAAAGGAUUCCUUGACAAAAUUUCUCACAGGAAGAGUUUCAAAAAAUUGAAUAUCUGUAACGACUUGUUUUCAGAUGGGCAAAUCUACGAAAUGCUGCAGACAUCAAGAAGGCCAAGUUGGACAAAGCUCUCAGACUCCAGCAAUUCCAUGCUGACAUUACUGAGACCAAGGUAUAUGACAUUAGCUUUUAACCCUUUAAACCCUAAGAUCAAAAUUUGAAUUCUCAUUUGUUGCCCUAUUCGUUUCCUACAGAAAUAGUGGGGAGAAGUUGAUAAAAUAUCAAGCAAAUUCAUCUUGUGUGAUCAUGUCUCUAAUUCUCAUGACCACCCUGUUUACAAAGCAUUGAUAUUACAAGGAGAAAUUUGAUGCUGAUCACUCUUAGGGCUUAAAGGGUCAACUUUGAAAAAUCAAAAAACCAAACAAACAAGCUACCAAAAUUUAUCCCCUCUUAAUUAUAUUGUUUCUCACUUUGUAUAGUGUUUAGGAGAAGAGAUUUCUUAGAGAUUUGCCUCACACACCACAGCCCAAGCUAAUUCUGGUUUUAACUUAAAACUAAAUUAUGCAAGCACUGCGAGCUAAUCACAUUAUGGGAGCUUGACUAAUUUAGGUUUUGUAAACAUGGCAAAGAGUCCUUCUGAGUUGUCUUUGUUAUUUCUAUGUAUUUUUAUUUUCUGUAUUUUUGCAAAUUCUUGUUUUUGACCACAAUCAACCAGCCAACAGAAGUGUUUUCCUUGCAGUUUUUUUGUUAGAGAAAAUAUUUGGAAAGUGUGCUUAGACCAGCCAACCGUAGUCUCCCUCGCAGUUCUUUUUGUCUUGUCACACGAUGUUGCUCCUCAGGUUGGGAGGAGUGUUGCAUGACAAGCCAGAAACGGCUGCAAUCGAGACCUUAACCUUAGAGUUGUGUAGGGCUGUUUGUUUAGAGAGAGAUUACUGAAAUCAGAAGUCAGUAGACUAAUCUAAUCCAUUAUCUCUACCCUUUAUAGCUGUGGAUUACUGAGAAGUCAAGCCUUCUCCUUAGUGUUGAGGAAGUGACAAACAUGAAAGAUCUUGCAACAGUAAUGAUCUUACAGCGACGUCUGAACAGCAUCCAGAGGGACCUCGGACCAUUAGAAGACAAGGUAAGGUUCAUUUAAACUUCACAGUGUGCUCAAGAUUGUGCCGCAUGGAAACUUAGGGCUUGAUAUUCUAUUGUAGUCUAAUCUUCUAAGUCCAUAACUUAUCUCUGUCACUUGUCCUAAUCCUACAUCAUCAUGUUAGUGUGAGGUUUGUGAAGCACUUUAUCAUGGUUGCUAUACAGACCUUCUGAGAAGAGUACAAACAUCAGCUGGAGAGACAGUGCCACACCUGAGGGGAUCUAUGCGUGACUAACCAGGGUGUAAAGAAAACUAUUUUUACAGCUUGCCAUUCGGGCAAGCUGAAGCUAGCAUUUACUAGCCCAGACAUCAUUUCAACUAGCCCCAAAAACGUUUUGACUAGCAGAAUUUAUUUUACAGUUCUUCUGUUAUUCGAAUUCCUCAAAAAAACAUCACUUGCCUGUCAGGCAAGUUAGAAACAGAAUUCAUUAACCCGAUAGCAAAAUCCACUAGCCUCGGGAUAUUGGGAUAUCUUUGCACGCUGCUAACACCGCGUCUUCAGUUUGCUGGUCAUUGAUAUUGGGCAGAUAAAGAAAUAAUCUCAUCUUUCAUCCUCCGAUGGCCAGUGUGCAGAGUGUAGUCAUGUAAGCUAACAUACCCUGAAGUGAUUGCUAGGGAUUUAGGACUUGUUUCCAGGGACCUGAGUACAGCAAUGACAAAUUGUGGAAAGAAAUCUUCAUGAAUGUCCCAUCCACCCCAGUGGUCAAAGGAUGAUCAGUGUUAAUGGCAAUGUUGAAUAAUUGUAUUACUUUAAAGGCCAAACAUUUUUGUUGGGAUCACCACACCUCAGUCUCCAAAGUUCAGGAAAAAUAAGUUUCUUUAUGUUAGUAGACCAUUGGUGUCCACGGCGUUGGUUGAUGUUUCUUCUUUUCGUGUUGUAGGUCACCAAGCUUGAGAGUGAUUCUAAUAACCUUUGCUCUGAAUACCAAGGGGUAAGUUGAUUUGAUUGAUAUAUUCUGUUUUUGUUGCAGUAGAGGUUGUUUACUGAAAAAAUAUAUAGAAAAAGACGGUGAUGGGGAAGCCUGAACUGGAAGUCUGAGGCUUAUAUGGGGACCAGGCUUCCCCUGAAUUAGUUUAAGUAGACAUGACAUUAGACAAAAGACGCGAUUUUACAAAAUAAACUACAGCAUAAACUAAGAUUCAGAAAAGAAAAGAAGGAGAAUACAACUUAAAUUGCAUACAAAAGUUACCAACCUUUUUGAAUCAUUAGGUCUGAAGAAGACUAUAUCUUUGAUUUGAUCCUCAAGUUUUAUCUGGUAUGCUAUUGUUUUAUAAUUAAAUUUCUUACGAUUUCUUUGAAAGGAACCUGAAGAACCGAUAAUCAGAGAAAAAAUGACUGUGGUUAGCAGUGGCUGGAUUGACCUCAAGGACAAUGUGAGUUACUCUUUCCUCGUUUAACAGGGGAAAUUUCAACAAUGAAGCUGUCUUCACACAUUUGGAUGUGAGGUUGCGGCGUAAUUUCUCAAAACACCAAGUAUUAUUAAAUUAAACUGAAUUAUUAAAUUAAAACCUGUUGAACAGUAGGACAGUUCCUAGCUCACAAACCGGAUAAUUUUGCUCCGUUAACUAAUUGACUCAUUAUUUUCAAAAUUAUUGAAACUUUGAUCUUGAAUGCAAACUCUGCAAAUAUAAAACAGCUUUUUGGGCGCGAAAGGUUAGUGGGACUUUCGAGAAAGAGCCCCUUGCACACUUAUUCUCAGUAUAAAAGAAAUAUAGAAUUUUUAACAGGACAAAAUUGAAGCACAAUAUCUUUCUUAUUACCCAGGUUAUAACUAGUUUGCUGAUUCUGUGUUGUUUUAGGUAAAACAACGGGAUGAAGCCUUAGCAGAAUCUGGAGAGCUUCAGCGCUUUGUAAUUGACCUCGAUAACUUCCAGAUAUGGUAAGUUAAUGAUACAGUAAGAAAUUAAAAGACAUUCAGUAGAACACGACAAGGGUAUAGUUAUUUAUCUUAAAUUGGGGAGACUUUUUUUUUGGAGGUGUGUACCUAAACUAAUUGUGCUAUUCACUGGGUAGAGAUUUAUCCAAAAGAUAGAGUUAUCCUCCUUUCGAACAAUUAGGCCCAGGUGUUCCUUUGUGAAUCUCUGAAGUGCAGUCUUUUUGCUAGGACAUACAAUGUAGUAUAAAUUAUCCAAAAGAGAAAACUUGGUCAUAACUUGUUUUCUUUUUUUAAGGCUGAACAACACUCAGAACGAGGUUGCAUCAGAGGAUAUGCCAGUGUCUCUGUUUGACGCCGAGAAGAUGCUGAAAGAACAUGAGGACCUCAAGGAGGAGAUCGAUAGUCGGGAGCCAGACUUCAGACAACUAAUGGCAAGUGGACCCAAAUGGAUCCAGGACGAGUCUGACCUCCAACAGCAGUCGUUGAAGGAACAACUUGAUAACUUGGAGACUGGAUGGAAUGAUGUGCAUAUUUUGUGGGAGAAUAGAAAGAAAAUGCUUAUUCAAGCUUUGAACCACCAGGUAUGGAGAUGAUGACUUCACAGUUUCACAUAAAUUCCAUGCUUCUUCAAUGUGUCUUUUCAAAAAAAAAAUGAGAAAGAAAGCCAAUGUCGAAUCUUCUUGAUGUUGAAGAAAAAAAAAAGAGCGGGAAGGGACUCUGUAAUGUCCACAUUUCAGAAGUAGGGAAUAUGAGUGAAGUUUCUUGUUUGUACUGAACAGAGAGAUGUCCGGAACAAGGGGUUUGAAAAGUAUGUGUAAAUAAAGUAUUUUUUUUAUGAUCAUUUAUGACUACUAACCCAACUGUAUGCUUUGGUUUUCUUUUAGUUGUUUAUCCGUGACUCUAAGCAGUGUGAAGCCAUUCUUGGCCAACAAGAACUUUUCCUGUCUAAAGAAGAAAAUGGAGUAAGUUUUACAUGGUUUCACCUGUGCUUCUUAACUUCUGGUUCAAGAGAGAUUCGAAAUUCGAUGUUUUUAUGUGCUGACAAAAUUGGUAGUCUGCUCCACAGCCGUUCUUUGUGUUGUCACGUAACGCUGGAGAGGAGCGUUGCGUGACGACGUAAAGAAUGGCUGUGAAGCAGACUAACAAAAUGGCGGUGGCCUACUGACGAAAGAGGUUUCAUCUGUAUGGUCAAACUGUAGGAUUUCAAUCAUAGACUCUAACAGUGUAUAAGUUUUAGAAUCACUUUAUACUGUAUAAUAAACAGUACCACAGGAAAGAACUGCUUAGAAGCUUUUAUUUGAAUGGUCACACUGUGUGAUUUCGUUCACGGACUCAAAAUGUAGAACCACCUUGUACAGCAUAAUAAACAGUACCACAGGAUAUUACUGCCCUGUAGCUUUCGUUUGAGUGAACACACUUUAGGAUUUCAUCCACAUACUGCAUAACUGACUCGUAGAAUGAAGUGGUAAUCUCAUAGAUAAGACAAUGAUGCGAAGCUCGCAAUUUUAAUUUUGAAUUCCAAUUUGUCAAAGGCCACUGUUGAAGCUGUGAAGGAACUCAUCAAGAAACAUGAAGAAUUUGACAAGCGAAUGAACACAAAUGAUGACAAGAUCAACCAAAUGAUGCAGUUUGCCGAUCGCCUGAAUGACGAAAACCACUACGCAUCUGACAAAAUUACUGAGAAAGCUCGCAGCAUUGACGAAAGGCAAGGAAACAACUUUUCUGUAGUACUUUUUAUAAAUAUUUUUCUCUCACGAGCCUUGUACACCAGCGGGCUGGCCUGGUUACCGGGAUCAAUUUUGCCUUGGGUUCAUAUCAGAAAUUUCAGCCCGGUUUCCGAGAUGAGGAAACGCCGAAGAUUCUGGGGAUGAGUUCAGGCGCGAAAUUCGAGAAACGAAGCAAACAUGACGAAACACAAAGUUAUAAUUUUCGUGCCUAUCAUAGCUUUGCAACUCCUAUAGCUGUAUCACUGCUGUCAAAUGGGAUGCUUAUGAUGUGGAAAAUACAGCAGGCAAAGGAAGACAAUGUCAUCCGGGCUACACUGUUGCCCUGUUGCUUUCUUCCCGGUAACUGGGGUGAAGUGUUCAUAUGGCAAAAUUUUCCAGCCUGCUUACUGAGAUCUUGCUGGAAAAACCGAGAUCUCAGGAACGGAGCCAGCCUGUCCUCUCAUAUGAACGUAUCGGAAAUUUUAGAUUUAGACUGGACUCUUGUGAAGAGGCACUUAGAUGGGAAACUGACUUCGUUCUGUCUUAACACAAAUUACCCUGCUUACUCGGAUCUGCUUGCUUUCACAGGAGAAUUGCUAACCAUGAAAAGAUGGCUGCCGCUCUUAAGAGACUGAGAGAUUCCUUGGAAUUGCAGCAGUUUAUACAAGAUGCUGAAGAUGUAUGUUGCCUAAAUUGUUUGUUGUUUGUUAUUAAUUUUCCGUAACGUUCUUAAUCCACUUUUACCGAGGUGUAUUAAUGUCAUCGCCUAUACUUAACUGAUAUUUUGUAAAUAUCUUUUUAGAUGUACGACUGGCUUAAUGAGCGUCUGUUGAUCGCCUCAGAGGAAACGUACCGAGAUCUUAGUAACAUUCAGGGCAAGGUCAUGAAACACAGAACAUUUGAAGCAGAAAUCCAGGCCAAUAAGGAAAGACUGGAUACCAUUUGUGAGGUUAGUGUGAAGCUAAAGAGAACGACCUUGUUCAGCCUUACAUAUAGUGCCACAGGAAAGUACAGCUCAGUAGGUAUCAUUUAAGUGGUCACACUAUAGGAUUUCAUCCUCAGACUAAAAUUUGCAUCUCCUUGGACUUCCUGUGCGUGCGCUCAUUCACACAGGAGACCCAUAAAAGUGGCUUUUGUCCAUGACACGAGUUUCAAACUCCAACUACGAUUUUACGACCUCUGCUAAAUUAAAUUUCUUUCCUCUUGCAGUCUGGCAACAACAUCGCAGAAGAGAAGCCAGAAAACAAGCCCGAAAUCGAGGAGCGUCUAGAGAAACUGAAUGUCAAAUGGCAGGAGCUUGCAGAUGCUUCCACACAAAAGGGAACGAAACUUGGAGAUGCACAAAAACAAGAGGAGUUUAACACCGGUGUAAAGAACAUACAGGAAUGGUUCACAGAGAUCGAACAGACAGCCGUCACACACGAGAGGGCGACUGAUCUGACAACGGCCACAAGGCUCUAUCAAAAGCAUAAGGUAUUCUAAAGGAAAAAUAGAUGUUCAUUCCUUGUCAUCCCUAGUCAUGCCAGUCAUAUAAGUAUUGUUUCAUUAUUUUUGUGUGUGUCUGUGUGUCACACCCAACCGCCGUUCUUUGUGUUGUCACGCAACACAAGAAGAAACAUUUCGUGACAUUCCAAAGAACGGGUUCUCAAAAUGGGUUUAACAUUCAGCGACUCUAUUUCGGGACAUACCUGAAGUCUGUAAGCCAUAUCUACCAACUGAAACCAAAUGGCUGCUAGCUCGAUUGUUGACAGCGGCCUUUGCCUUAAGAAAGAGCCAAUCAAAAUUUUGCAUCGCGAGAGCAUCAAAGAAAGCCAAUCGUCGUUGUUUAGUUUCUAUGGUCCCUUAUUUUUUUUCGCAUACACGUCGCGCCUCCUUGUGGUGAUUCUCCGCGCGUUUGCGCCUUACUCGAAGUCUGAGAGUGGAUUUCCACCAUCGCAUAAUUUUAACGUGCAUAAUAGCGGUAAUGUAUGAAAGGUCGCGCUUAACGUAAUGGUUGAAGCUCCCUCAACUUUAACGUUUACGCGCUAAUUUUUAUUUAUUGUCUCUAUUGUAUUGACGCGCGUACUCACGUAUAAAUUACGCGACAGCGGAAAUCCACCCUUAUGCGCGCCCAAUUGCGCACGUAAAAAUUACGCGACAGUGGAAAUCCAGCUUAACCGAAUUUAAGUGUACUGCAUAACCAUAACCCUCUAGUAACAGUGAAACUUAUCGGUGAUGUUUUCAGAUGAUGGAGAAGGAAAUUAUAGCCAGGAGAGAGCGAAUGCAACAGCUUAACAGCCAAGCUCAAGAUCUAGUGGAUGCUGGUCAUUUCGAUCCCAAUGCUGUGGAAGAAACGCGCAUCGUUAUGGAAGAGAGGUUUGUUAUCAGCCAUGAGACAGACUUUUUAGUAACUGUACUUACAAGACUCCAUUAUUUACUCUGAAAACGAACGGGUUGACGUAACUCCUUUUGCUUGAUUGUUGUAGGGUUGAAGCAAUGGCUGCGCCUUUGGCUGAGAAGGGCGUAGAUCUUGAACGUACCCUUGGCUACUUCCAGUUCAACCGAGACUGUGAUGAUGAAGAGGUGAGGAUAUUAAUACUCUGUAAAUGGACUGAUGAUCCAGGGAGGUUACUUUGGUGGUGGGUACGGCUGGACUUUCACAGUGUCCUUUUUAGUAGCGCCGUUUUGUUUUGCCACGUUCAAAAGGUCUUUGUAGCUUGCAGCAAUCGGUAAAGCAUCGCCCCAUGACUUUCAUUUUAGCGGGAAGUUAGAUUCAAAAUCCUUCGAGCGAAGAGAAGUUCAGUAGCUCUCCAGACAUGGUCUAUGAUUGGAGAACGAAACAAUACCCCUAUCCCUAAAAACAAAAGAAGCUACUGCUUAUUUAGGCCAAUGAAAACAGAGGUCAGGAAGAGCUACCGUACUACUCCGAACGAAACAAGUUAGCCUCUCGCGACUGCGUCAACAGCUUGUAUCGUUUCGCUAAGCUUGGUUUAGGAUUCUUGACAAUUCUUAACCCCGUAUUACUGAUAAAAGAGAUCGACUUGGUGCAGACAUGGGUUCUGAAACCCUGACUCUACUUCAGACCUCACCUGAAACGCUGGUCUAGUAAAACAAUUGAUACGAAAAAACCUGAGGAACUUUCCUACCAAAGUGCCCUGUCUGCGAUUGCGACAAAUUGAAAGCACUGGUCUCUGUUUUUUAGUGGUCAGAUCUCGAUUUUGAUGGUACUCAUGUUGUUGUGUUUUAGGCCUGGAUAAAAGAAAAGGAACCAAUGCUCCAGUCAACCAACUACGGCAACAACUUGUUUGAAGUACAGACGCUACAGAAGAAACUCCAGGUAAGAUAUAAAGAUGAAAUGUGAUUCUAAAAUGGAAACAACAAUAGUACAAAUGGGUAAUGCCUCGAAUUGAUGUGACUCUCAGAGCUAGUUGCAUCUACGGCACAAGAAUAUAUACAUCAACAAACUGCUACGAAAGGGUAAUCUCGGUAGAUUUUCGUGCAUUUUCGUUUACCUUCGUUGCAUCCUCGCCAUCGCAUUAGAUCAAAGUCAUAGGCAUUGUGUUGAGAGACUCUAGUCCUUAAAACAAAACUCACAGGGGAAAGUGAAAAGUGGUACAAGAAGAACAAAAACUGCUGAAUAAGCUCCCUCCCCUCCCUUGCAACUAUUUUUCGGUACAAAAACCGACCCGGCUUUAAGCGAUGAACAGGCUUUGGAAUAAGCCCCAUAGAACGCUUAUCGCUUAAUUUUUGGCUGAUUGCGCUGUUGGUAAAGGUAAUUCUUACUUAUAACCGUUUCUUGGCAGACCUUGUGCGCGGAGAUUAAGAUUCAUGAAGCGCACAAAGACAACAUCUGCAAACGAGGACAAGAUCUUGUGGAGUCUGGUCAUCCAGAGUCGGAACAAGUGGCCGCCAGAAUAGACGACCUGCAGGAGAAGUAUGACAACCUCAAGAAACUUUCGGAUGCUUACAAAGCUCAGCUUGACCUGUCACUCCAGGCUAAACAGGUUUGAUUGGUUCUUGAAUCCUUGGUGAUUUUGUAACUUGCUUUAGUGAAAGUAAAGUCGGAAAAUAUCGGAUAUUAUAUUCAGUUUGUGAAAGGGUAAAAAAAAAUGGUACCAUACAAAAAUCCUGCUCAGUUGCUUUCAUUUGAAUGGUCACACCGUAGGAAGAUGACCACAGUCUCGAAUGUAACUUCGAGCGUUAAAGGAAAGUUAUUCCGUUCAAGAGCUUUUUGCUAUUCAACUAUUUCGAGUCGAAAUUUAUGUCCGAAGCGUGUCAUUCUAUAAAUCAUUCUCUAUGGUCUCGUGGAAGAAGUUACUUGCUGGUCAUGAAUAUUGGAAAAGUAAACCAUAAAAACGAAAUAUCUUCGUUGUUUUCAGUACUACUACGAUGCCGCGGAAGCUGAAUCUUGGAUGAGUGAACAAGAACUGAAUAUGAUGGGUGAUGAACGAGGAAAGGACGAGGCAAGCGCCAGUGCAAUGCUUAAGAAACACGAGACAUUAGAAGCUGCCAUUGCUGAUUACUCUGAGACUGUUAAUGAACUUGGCGACACUGCUAAGGCACUAGUGGAUAGCGAGCACCCAGAGAGGUAAGUAGUAUAUCAAACACGAGCAGGAGUGUUUUAUGUGGUGUAGAAACACCAUGACGUCGCACAUCAAAUACGAAAGUUUCAUUUGAUUUCCAAUCACCAGUAAUGAGUAUAUCAGACACGAGAAAGAGUGUUUUAUGUGGUAUCCAAACACCGAGAACAAUAUGUCAAACACGAGAAGGCGUUUUUUUUUUCAUCUAAAAUCUAAGCACCCAGAAAUAAUAUGUAGACACGAAAGGGGUUGUCUUUUCCCGGUAUCUAAGCACUGAGAAUUAACACAUCAACACGGGGAGGAGUGUUUCAUCUCAUAUCCCCACACUUUGAAGGGUUGAUAAAACGAGGCGUAGCCGAAUUUUUUUUUUAGACCGACGCUAGGAUUUUGUGGAUCAUAUAGGUGGACAGGCGUUACUUAUGAUUGAUCGAUGGUAUUUAAAGUCAUCCAUUGACCAAUCAUUGCUUGUAUUUUUCACUCAACCUAUCCCAGAAAUCUUUGCGCCGAAAGUUAUUACCCAUUCUCUCAGUAGUUUAUUUUGUGGCGAAAUGACGCACGUUUCAGCAAUUAGGGUUGCAUUUGUGUCCGUUCGGCAAUUGUAAAUGAGUUUCAGAAAAUUGUUUGACCUCUCCUUAGAAAAGCAGGCUUUACAACUCCCAUAACCUCAUACUUACGUUUUUCGUAUUUGACGUAAAUACAAAGCUGAAACUUAUUCGUUUUCCUUGCCUUUUUAGUGAGACGGUUAAGAUCCGCCAAGCCCAGGUAGACAAACUAUACGAAGGACUCAAGGAUUUGGCUGAGGAAAGGCGCGGCAAGUUGGACGAGACUCUAAAGCUUUACCAGCUGCAGGGAGAAAUAGAUGAUCUGGAACAAUGGAUUGCAGAGAAAGAAGUUGUGGCAGGUUCUCAAGAUAUUGGACAAGACCUCGCCCAAGUUGAGGUACAUAUUUCAGUCUCAACUAUUAACAGCAUUAGGUGCAGCUUUCGUACUCUUUUUUUUUUUUUUCGCCUUGUGCAGAUACGUAAUUUGAAAGACGCACUGAUUAGAGCUUUAUCCUUAAUUGAUUGCACAAAAGCGGGAAGGGGCGAUUUUUUGCCACCCUGUGUCUCAAACAGUCUAUACCGCCGGACGAUAUCCAGGGUGUGACUGACAAGUCCGGCUCAUGCAAUUUAGUUGCGUGACUUCAAGAAUGAUUUGAAAAAAAAAACGAAAAAGAAUUUCUAAAAUAUCGUGGUGUGGUAGCCAGAACAACACCUGCGAUCACCUUCAGAUAGCACACGUUUCCGACCAAGUCACUGUUUUAGUCGAUCAUACCAGGAAAGUUGUCGGGCAUACGCGACUUGGACUUUUAAUUUCUUUACGUACUAAGGAACUCCUAUGGUUUAAAAAUGAUAGUCUUUGGUAUUCGAUCUUAUUGGUCAUUGCAUCCACCGCGGUUACGCUUUUGUCGGGCGUUGAAAUCAGCAUUUUUGCAUCGUUUUGUUUGUUUACCCAUGGUUUGUUCUUAAUCUCCACUACACAGUGGAAUACGGACUUCUUGAGCCCUAAGUUUAUAGAACCUCUUAAUAAUUCGAGCUAAAACUGACUUCCCUUUUCAAGUUUGUAAUUUUACCCCCUUUUAUUCCAUUCUCUUUGUAUGUCGAAUCAAGCUUCUAUCCCAAAGGGGGUUCGAAACUGAGAUUCCAUUGUAACUUAAAAUAAUGCUCAUUUAUUAUUAACUUUUCAACAGCUGCUGAUUGAAAAAUUCCGCGAUUUCGCACGAGACACCACCAAUACUGGAUCGGAAAAGGUGGCAGCCACGAAUGCUGUGUGUGAUCAACUUAUUGGCACAGGUCACACUGACGCGGCCACUAUCGCCGAGUGGAAAGAUCAGAUUAACGAGUCCUGGUCUAACCUUCUUGAACUCAUUGAAACCAGGACAAAGGUAAGCAAAAAUUAAUAUGCUUUGUGAUUGGCUUAGGCUAAUAACCUGAGGUCUUUUUCAGCCAAUGAGAAAAAAUCCAGUCUCGACCGGUAACCACACGUUUUCCCGCGCUUUUCGCCCGCGUAGCCGGCCACGCACACAUGCCUCCUUUCAACUGGUUCGUCAGUUUGUCUGUGUUGUGAUUGACCAAGCUAAAUCGAAAACUGGUUUGAGUAUGUUUUUCUCAAGAAAAAUCGUUGUUUUCGUAUUGAACUUUUGGUUUCGAUAAAAGAAAAUAAACUUUCAGAGUAACACCUAACUGGUGCUUUUUCUCUCGCGUACUUAAAUUCCCGAAAAUUCGGGAGCUAAAUUUUCACGAGUAUGGAUUUUGUUUGACGAUUUCUCUCCAAAACUUGAAACUAGCUGCGCGCAAAUUUAUUAAGAUUAAAGGUAGAAUUAGUUGCUUUUCUUUGUCACAAAAACGUGCCUUACUGAAAAGUGUUUUAUUUAAUUUUCAUUUCAGUUGUUAGAGACAGCUCGUGAACUACAUAAGUUCUUCCAUGACGCCAAAGAAGUUCUGGCCAUGAUUCACGAGAAAGAAAACCUCCUUACAGAUGAUCUGGGUCGCGAUCUAAACAGUCUGCAUCAACUACAAGUGGUUCACCAAGGAUACGAGGCUGAUUUAGCACCACUUGGCAACCAGGUAAAACAGUGGGUUGAUAAUGUAUUAAUAUAGCCAA